GUCGGGCCUAGUAAGCCAGGGGGGGAAGGUUUCGGUUUUGUCGUGUUUUUAUCGUGGUACCUUCGCGACCCCGUGCGAAAACUCCGCAGGCUCGCUGGCUGGGCUCCAGGAAGAAAGCCGAAGAAGAACCAGCGUGCGUCCGCAUCAGCAGCGCUCCUUCGUUCUUUUUCAAUCCGGCCAGACAGCCGACGACGAUCGGCUUCGCGCGGAGCCCAGCCGCCCCGUAGGACACUCGCUGGACAGCACGGCGACUCACGACACAGCAGCCACCGCUUGAGACGUCGUGAUCGUCGUCUCCCGAGACUCGGAAGAGCAUCUGUCGACUUCAGCUGCGCUAUGAGGGACACUCGGCUACCAGAGCGUCGGUUAUUCUCGCCACCAGCGCAGCGAAACCACUGAGCCGUCGGUCCGCGAGGAAGGAAGUGGUGACGAAGUGGCUUGCUGCUUACUGGAGCCCGGCGCGAGAGGCCCCAAAGAGAGCGAUGAUUCUUUUAAAGGCCUGAGCACCUGAAGCCAGCAUGUACGACUCGCCAGCAUCCCUGCAAGAAUGCUGCAUCGACUUCAUCUGUGAUAACAUUGAUGCCAUAUGCGAGGUCCAGACAGAUGAGCAGCAGCAGGCGGUGCGGUACUCAUUUCGCGACCCGGACGUGUUCUUCCACCGGGAGGUGUCACAGCAGGUUCUCGAGACGCUCAGCGUGCGUGGCCUGCUCAACGACAGCAUCCUGACGCUGUUCGAUGCGCGCUCCACCCGUCUACAGAGGGUGCGCAUACAUAAUGCUGCCAACGUCACCACCAAGGGUCUACGAGUGCUGCGCUCGCACAAGCUGACGGAGCUGGAGGCCACCGGCCUGAGCCGUGUGACGGUCAACGACCUGAUCGGCUGCCUGGGCGACUGGUCGCUGGCCCACCUGCGCCUGCUCAACGUGGCGCGCACGGCCUUCACCAGCUCCAAGUUCUGCGUCGUGGUGGCGCUGUCCAAGCUGCGCGGACUCACCUCCCUCAACGUCAGCGGCACCGAGUUCAACCGCCAUGGCCUGGACAUAGUGGCCCAGGACUUGCCCCUCCUCGAGGCGCUCGACAUCUCGGGGACGCGUAUUAAGGACAUCUCGCCUCUUCUUCGCUGCCGGGACCGCCUGCGGUCACUUAGCAUGUACAACCUGAAGAGCUGCGGUGGCGAGGAGGCUGUUUUGUGCCAGCUGCAGCGGCUGCAGCACCUGGACGUGUCGGACGACCGGGACCAUCCGCUCGACCUGCUGCACCCCCUGCGGCACGACGUCUCGUGGCUGCUGCGUGACCCCCGCCGCUUCCCGCACCUGGUCUCGCUGGACCUGUCCGGCAAGGACGGACUCACAGUUGAAGCUCUCAGGAAUUUCCUGGAGGCCCACCCAAAGAUGACCUUCCUGGGCCUUGUGCAGACGGACGCCUGCUUUGACGAUUUCUUCACUCGAGAACUCCCCGCUCACUCUGACCUUGUGAUAACCGGAUGCGCCGAUGAGCGGCAGAUCCUGGAAGCCCUGCGAAGGUAUCCCGAUCGGCCGUACUAUGUACAGAAGUCACUCUACUACCUCUACCAGUACACGUUAACUUACUCGCAGCCGCGGGUCGACGUAAUCAAGCUGAUCUUGCCAGGCAUGGCGGAGCACCCGCGCGUGCUGGCCAUCCAGAUGGCGGCCACAGCCUGCCUCUACAACCUGUCCAAGGGCACCCUCGGGCAGAAGGUGCACCCACGGUGGCUCCGGCAGAUCGUCGAUCUCACCCUCAGCGCCAUGGAGAACUUCCCCCGGAACCAGCAGCUCCAGAAGAACACGCUGCUCACUCUGUGCAGCGACCGGAUCCUUCAGGAUGUGACGUUUGAUCGGUACCACUGUGCUCGGCUCGUGAUGGACUCGCUGCUGGCGUUUGACGACCCAUCCAUGAACCGGAUGUCAGUUGCCAUCUGUUCCAUCCUUGCUGCCAAGAUCUCCACUUCAGAGACAUCAUCCCUGGGUGCCAAGCCAGAGUACAUGGAACGUCUGCUGCGAAUUGUCAAGAGCAAGCUGUACGCUGGCGAAGUGGACAUCAUGAUGAAGUUCACGCUCAGUGCCCUUUGGAACCUUACAGAUGAGUCGCCCAAGACGUGCUCCGUGUUUCUGUCCAAGGGAGGCAUGGAACUUUUCUUGAACGUUCUCGAGCUGUUCCUUGGGGAAAGUGCCGUUGAAACCAAGGUCCUUGGUCUUGUGAACAACAUCGCCGAGGUGCCCAGCUUGCGGAGUGACCUCAUGAAGGACAACCUCAUGCGAAUCUUGCGGAACUUGCUGCACUCGAGCCAAAUCGACGUGAGCUACUUUGCAGCCGGCAUCGUGGCGCACCUGGCGAGCGACGGGCCCGAGCACUGGAACGUUGAAUGUGUCAGCCUGAAGGAUAUGCUCAAGGAGCUGGGUGAAGUGGUGCAAAGCUGGAAGAGUCCGGACACUGAAAUGGUUGCUUACAGGUCGUUCAACCCGUUCUUCCCAUUGCUACGCUGUUACACUGCGUACGAGGUGCAGCUGUGGGCGGUCUGGGCCAUGCACCAUGUCUGCUCUAAGAACCCCAAGCGCUACUGCAGCAUGCUGCGGGAGGAAGGAGGCAUCGACGUGCUCCAAGGCAUGCUGGACAACCCAGACACCAACCCAGCUGUUGCUGUCAUCUGUCAGAACAUAGUGGCUGUUGUGCAGAGCCAAGAGAAGCUUGCGGCAGCCGCGGGCGUGGCGGCAGCGGCCGCCAUGACCGCAACCGGAGCCACCACAACGCUACCAGACAUCUUUCAAUGACAGCGGCGCCCACUUUGGGAGUGUCGUCCUGCAUCUAGGUCAAUUCAUUAAUUUCUGCACUGUGGCGCCGCUGUGCGCCUGUUUUAUCCAACCCGAGACUGUUGCAGUCUUUUGACCACUGACUGUCUUUUAGACUUUCUGGUGGCAGACACUCGGUCACUGCAGUUUCUCCAGUGUGUGUCGGUCUGGCGUCUCAUAGCUUCUGUAGCUGUGGUCAUGCAUGUUGUGCAGCCUGGAGAAUGCCAGUCUGGGGGCUGCCGGUUGCCCAAUGGCUUGUGGCGGCCAGUGUGGUCAGUGCCAGUUUUGUGUUACCGUGUCCCUAAAGACCAAAAGUGCAGCAACCUCUGGGCCAGUCCUACUAGCUUUGAGUCUCUCAGUCCUUGCAUACUUUCAAUGUAGGUCAGUGCAUUUGUUGGUCAUUGACUUGGCACUCUCACAGUUGUUCUGUAGGCUGAGUUGGGCAUCACAUGAUCAAAUCGGUGAGUCCAGGUGCCAUUAAUUCUGUGCCCCACUACCGCCUUGAUCAUUAAAGUGGCAGCCGUCAGCCCCUUGACUUCAGGGUCGUGUGACCGCUGCUCCCUUUUGACUGCCAGUCUUUUACUGCUUGGCUUAUGAGAGAGUUGCGCCAUGACAGGCGCUUUCAAAAAGUGAAGUCUUGAAACUCACGCAGUUGUUUUCGGUUCUUGUUCUGUUGUUUCUCCGUGCGAUAAGUAACAGUGUUGCGGUGUUCUCCCACUGAGUGGUCCCAUGCCAUUACUACAUUCCCCAUCAGUGAGUCAUUAGUUCAUCUUUCAGAGCACUUUGUGUGAAGUGGUUCAGUGUUGGAGAGUGGUGUGAUCGCAGUUUGCUAGUGUAACCUCACAAAGUGUGCAUUCGGGGUGUGCACAUACCCCCAGAAACCAGCAUGUGCAUUGGCGUGUGCCUGACUGUGUGUUCGAAGCUUGUUCAGAGUUUGCUUAAAAGCGAGCGUGAGCAAAGACAUUGUUUCGAGAUGGCCUUUGCGGCUGAAGUAGAAGCUUGGUCGGGAAGUUGAAAUGUGGCAAUUCGAAGGGGAGAGAGAAAAAAGAAAAGAAAGAACAAGGCCACAGCAUUUUUCGAAUCCCAUAAUUAGCCGGAAGCCUCCGGAGCUGCCAUAUCUAGCAUUCGCUUGCAUCUUUUAGCCCGUGCAGGGAGGAACGCCACGCACCCGUUAGCCGGUGAUGCGCGUGCAAACAUUGUUGAACAAGACGGGACAGACACGUGGGAAAAGUGAAUUUGGACCGACGUGACGCGAGUAGGAACGUCGGCAGCCGUACAGUAUGUUGGGCGAGUUGGUGUGGGUCCAUUCUUGUGCAAUGGCACCACGGAAAACCAUGACAUGGAAAGGAAGACGCAGUGAAUAUAAGUGUCACUUUCAACUCUAGCUUUAAUCAGAACCAGACAGUAUACGUAACAACAUGUGGUCACCCAACGGGAUGUUGUGUUGGGAUUGUGUGAAAAAGAAUGCAAGUGAUGGAUGACUGAGCAUUUUUUUCUUUUUUGACUUCGUGACUGUGCCAAGCCUUGGUGAUCUCUCGUGCCGUCUGGUCACAGUGCUUAGUUAAAACUUGAGCCUCAUAGAAUGCUGGCAAACAGUCACACAAAGAUAAAAGAUAACUGCAUCAGUGAUUCGUCACUUGCUUUGUAAAGAAAAUAAUUUGCUUGUGAAUAGCUAACAUCGCCUUGCAUAACCACAUGUUGCUUAUACCUUGCCCUUUUUUUUAUUAAAGCUUGAGUUGAGAGUAGUGCUUACGUUCCCUUGUAUUCCAUUGAGUCCUGUGUUUUUCUACAGUGCCAUUGCCCAAGAAUAAACGUCACUGUAUUUGUGAGCCCAAAGCAUGCUCUAGAAAUUCAAAGUUUUAGUCGUUCAGAGUUUUAUAAAGUCAACUGGGAGCCCAGGUUGUGCGAGGAUUUUAAUUUGCAAUGCAGCUUCAUGGUAAUUAUACAACAAUGUGCAUUGCUGUGGAGUGGUGUCAUGCUUAGAUCAGAUAGGUCGUCAUGCUAGGUCGUUUUGAUGGAGAUCUGAAUAUCACUGUAUGCAGGGUCACUUGUGUGGGUUUUAAGCCAGGAUUUCAGAUUUUUUUUUUUCUACUGAGAGUUUUAUUUAUUUAUCUCAAUACCCUAAAGAUGCAGAAGGCAUUACAUGAAAGAAAAGGAAAAAGGGCAGGGCGAGGAGAGACAGAAUAUUAUGUGAUCAGAGGACACAAGAAGUUUAUAUAUAAAGAACUGAAAUUUGACCAAGUUUGUAAGAAUCCGUACCUAAAGUGCAAAAAAACCAGGACACAAGAAGGAAGACUAGACAGGACAAGCACUCGUCCUGUCUGGUCUGCCUUCUUGUGUCUUAACUUAUUGCGCUUUAAGUCUAGUAUGAAGUUUGUAAAAGUCACACAGUGCAGGGAUAUCAACAAUGAACAAGUUGUAUCUGGUACUGUGUGCCAUAUCAACCUUACAAUUGCAUUUGGAAGUACUUGCGUGUGGGGUCAAAGUAUCCCAAAUCUAGUUUCUCGGGCGAUUUUCUUUGCCAGAUUUAAAUUUGUGGGUUUGUUAGGAAAAAACUGAACAUUUGUCUUUUGUCAAAGAUUGCCUCUACGUCAGCAGGCUUUCUCACUGCACCUUCUUUGAGUUGCAAGGUGAACGACCUUGUAUUUUGUGGUAGGCUGUAAAAUAUUUGGUACAAUGAGAACUCCGUCAUGCUGAUAUUGACACGAUGAUGAGGUGGGAUGUGCAGGAGGCUAGAAACUUCUCAAACUACCUUUGUUCUCAACCAAUAAAUGCAUAACAUGCCGGAAGCUGAAAGUACACAAACGACAUGUGAUUUGAAGUAACAUCAGCUCUCUACAUUGUAGUUCUAACGUGAAAUAGGGAAUUCAGUAGAGUACGUCACUGUUCAAAAGCCACUUCACUAAGAAGCAUGAGAAAUGAUUCCUAUGAUAAAGUUUUGCAUUAAAAUUGCUUGAGAAUAACUUGGCACCUCCGUAGGAAUGAUGGGCACUAGAUGGUUUUUGCUAUGAUUCAGCACAGCUCUGCUGAGAGUGCAACCUGCAGCCGUCUUUUAUUGUUCUUUGUUUAGCUGUUUCGGGUGCUAGUCGCUCAACAUUUCUUUAGAGCAGCAGAGUAGUUUACCUCGACAACUACCGUAUAAACUCAUGUAAGGGCCUCACCCUCAACUUGGCUGCCCAAAGUUUUGAAAAAUUCCAUUCGAGAAGCAAUCGCAUUCGGUGUCCCGAUCGCAUAUGCACGUAUCGGCGAAUUUUCACUUCCUGCGUAUUUCCACGUGCCGCUUCUAGAUGGCGAGAGCUGCGCGCUGACCUCUGAUCCAGUGGUACAUCCAGGCAUCCGGAGUGUGCAGUAGUCACCACCAGCCGGCACCAUUUUGACCAAAAGGUUUGGUCCUGCGCAAAAACCGCACCUCGUCAAAAUUGUGAAAAAAAAAAAAAAGUGAGGCCCUCACACGAGCCUAUACGGUACUUCAUUCUGGGACGUAAAUUUGGUUGCAUAAAUAGGUCUCGACACUUCUGAAUGUGUCAGUAGGUCUGGAUGGCUUUUGGGCAGUGACAGUCACCAUGGGUGAAUAUUUUAUACCUUUUAAAAAGUUUUUACUCGUAUUGUAUUGAAAACAGUACCAUGGUAGGAGCUGGGGGUAAAAUGAGGCUAAUUACUGCCAUAUAUCAAAUUUUAAAUGUCAGUAUUAGGUUGAAAUGAGAUGCCAGGAGUUUGUCAGAAGCCAGAAAGACAAAGGUUUUGCAAAUCUAUGUACAGUUGAACCUAGAUAUAACGAACCUACAUGUUACAAAGUGAAUCUAAAGUUUUUUUGCUCCGAUAUCGGCAUGUAAAGAAUACAUAGUUAUAACGAAUACCAGAUAUAACGAACAUAUUGUGUUGGAUGCGGUCACUUUAUAACGAGGUUUGACUGUGCUGCCAAUUAUUACCAUGCUGAAUGAAGCGCUGUAACACGGCCACUUGCGUACACUAGCAGAGGAUUUGCCACUGGUAAUUUUGGUACGAAGCCGCAUGAUUUCUGCAGCUACUACUUGUCACAGAUUUCUGUGAUACUACUGGUGUAGCUUCCAUAGCAUUACCUGCAAGUGCGAAGCAUGUGUAAAGUUCUGAUCGAGUUAGGCCAGCACUUAAGUGUUUAUAGUAAUCGUCGAGGCUGGUGUAUCAAGUUUAUAGUAAUCGUCGGGGCUGGUGUAUCAAACUGAAAACCAAUUUGCUAUCGUAUGCAUCUGCACAGCUCGGCAUGCAACAUAUAAUGUUCAUCUUGCAAUGCACUGAAUACAACUGAUAGCCACGGAAGGACACAUAAGGUAUAAACUGUAUUGUGUCCUUCUAAGUUGUCAUUUGUACUUAGUGCAUUACAAAAUCAGUAGCCAUGAACUAGCCUAAUUUCCUGUGAUCUAAUGUUUGUAAGGAACUGUCAAGGGGGCACUAUGCGUGCCCACAAAAUCACUGAAUGUCUUGAGCUGAUACUUCGUUACGUUGUAGUGGCUUUUGUGGGUUCCUAGCUGGUGCAUUUAACAAGGCAGACAUAGUCUGUGGCUGAACGACUUCUGUUAGGUUCUGCAAAAUCAGCUUCAGAACAUCCAGGAAAAGUGUAAUAGGGAGAGCGGAAGUGGCAUUAGAAAUUUGCAGUUUUUUAUGAAAGAGUGUCUGAACAAACGUCUUUAGAAACGUUACUCGUACUAAGCUUGGCGAGCUCUUUUCAGAAGUGUAGUCCGUGCUUUCGAGCAGUGUAGGAAAAAAAAAAACUUUUUUUAGCAGACUUCCAAGCUUCAAGACUGAAAUGAUCUGGGAUAGAAUAAAAUGGCUAACUAUGUUUUAGUUAAUCAUAAACUGCAACGUCCACACUUGUGUGGAUGUUCAAAUGAGCGUUGUAUUGAAAAUGUGCCAACUUUUUGUUUUGAGUAGCUUGGUGCACAGCAUGACGCAUUCAGGCCCUUCUCUGUGGCAUCACUGUUCAGAGACAACUGUUGUAAAAACAGUUACCAUAAUGUGUUUUACGGUAACUCAAAAAUUCUGUUAACGGGAUUGCAAAGAGAACAGUUUUGUUAACCAGGUUUGUUCGAGGGGCGGGGAAAGAAAGCAAGAUGCGUCGCUGUGGUAGCCAGUGUCUGUUAGUUGUUGUAGGUGUCUCAUCUCAAUGUGAUGCCUAUAUUCUGUUCGAAUGGAACUCUGCUUUUAAGGUGGGCCAUGCAUUGCCCACUUUUGGGUAAUUUUAGCUUUGAGCUCAGUGAACCUACGUCUCGGUUGCUUCAUCGUUGAAAACUGCAGCUGCGUCGGAGGCACAGUUGUAACGAUUGUGAGGCGUGUUUAAAUUGUGCCCAGGCUUGUGUCUGAACCAAUGUGGGAUACGUAAUUACUCAAUCGGAUGAAAUCCUGUGGCAAACGUAGUGCAAAAGGAUGGGUAGGUGGGCUAGUUGGUAACGCAAUAUUAUAAAAACUUAGAGUGCUAAAAACACACAGGACGCAGAAGAUGAAACACACACAACAUGCACUGUGGUGUGUGUUUCUUUUUCUAUGUCCUGUGUGUUUUUAGCGCUCAAAGUUUUUAUAAUAAUACGUAGUGUAGCCUGGAGGCUGAUAAUGAGGUUUCAUAAUGUGGUUUCGUAUUGGUGGUCUAAUUUACUGGAGCAAUGCACGAAUCUAACUGCAGUCCGUGAUGAUGUAAUGCAGACAGCUUGCUGGGCAUCUUGUUGUUAGGUGAAUGCAGUUUUUCAUUGCUAGUGCAAGGUUCCUUUAUGCAUAGCCAUCCUGGCAUGUCCCGUCUACCAUAUCUGGAGACAAUCACUCGGUCCUCGUACUUUUGAAAUUGUGAUUUUCACUGUUGGCGCUGGUAACUGAUGUGCCUAAUGACAGGUUAGGUUUCAGUGAUUGCACAGUGUUAAGUUGGAAUUUGCGGCCGUUCGGCACCUGGGACAAUGGUUCUAAUAGCCAAUGUGAUUGGCUGUUUGUUGAGUUAGUGCAGUUGGUGAGGUGGAGUAUAAGGAUUUGUUACUGAAAGUUUGUUGGAAGCUGGAUGGCAGGUUCGUAUUGGAAUGGUGAAUGGGAUGCAUACAUGAAUACAUCAAAGUACACACGGCUGCGUUUUGUGGAUUUGUCCCCCUAGGAGCAAACGCUCGCUGCCCGUUUGGCACACAAUGUGUGACAUUGAUUUGUGAGAAAAUUAUGCAGAACAAAUUUAAUUGUGAACUAAACAGUGCAUCUGUUCAUGCAAAACGACCGACUAGUGUCCUGACACAAAAUGUGGGCGCUUACCACAUCGUCAUGUCCGUUGUCGUUACAAGCUAUAAAAGGGUUUUGACAUACUUGAAGGCUUAAAAAUUGUGGAACGCUGUUGCUGGCUCUCACAACAAAUGAACGCAGUAGAGUAGUGGACAAAAAGUGCCCAUCCCAUGGGAUAUUGUUGAAGAAAGUAUUGACUGAUAGCUUUUUAAACAUGUAACAACUUUCGCAGAAAAGCGGCAACACAUCUUUUUGUUUGCCCCUGUAUUUGCAUUGCAACCUGGACCUGUCCACGCUUGCGAAAGAGGAGUAAGAAUAUAAGCGUCGCAUGUCCAGUGGGCCCCUUUGGAAUGUAGCGCAUGCCUUUAACCACCACCGAAAUUUGUUAUGUAAAUCUUGAGGGACAGCACUCCGUCAUUUGCUUCCCUUGCAGCCACCACGCAUUGAGCACAGGAAGUUUGACUGUUGUACGGACUGUUAUGUUGUUUUCCUCUUGCAAAAAGAAAGCCAUUCAAAGAGUCCCAAUCUUUCUGUCACUAAAAAAAAAAGUGCCAUUGCGUCUUUCUUUUUCCUGGACCUAAAGAAAUACCUACCUAAAAAAAUACACGGCAACAAUGUCUGCAAGGCAGACACUGUUGCCAUUGGUGCUGCUUAAGGUUGCUGCACCACUAAGGGUGCACCAGUGCACCUAUGGUGCACCAGUGCACCCAUGUUGCACCACUAAGGGUGCACCAUGGGUGCACCAGUUGCUGCACCGCUAAGAAAGCAGGCUUUAGCCCCAAUGGGCUCGCUGUUUUGCCACUGCUGCAGUCCGGGACAAGCACAGCACUUGUAUCUUUGCAUAACAGGAAGUUGUGUCGCAGAGCCAGCUGCAUCUUCCUAUGUCAACACAGUGUGGCUGAAACUCGAUCGAGCAUGCCUGCUUACUGAUAGUUAAGCACAACUGUGCGUGCAUAAAUGACUGCCAAAGUGCCAGUGCAGGUAUUGUAAUGUUGAAGCAUAAAUUAUGUUUUGCAUGCAUGCCAUUGCUGGUCCCUUUUAUGACAGAAACCACUCUGCCUGCGCUCGAACACCACUUCAACGUGGGGACACGUGCAGAGCUUCCCGUUCACGCAGUUUGGUACCGCGAUUGAGAAACGCCAAUAAGCACUUUUCGGCUGCAUUUGGCUGGGCAUUGAGAUCGCACGCAGCAGGUUGCGAGCGAGUUCAUGACCCAUAUGGUGCGAGCAGCACUCGGUUAAAACUUAAUUUUACUCCACAAGUUGAGCCAAACUUUCUUAAGUCCCGACUCGACCACCAGUGUAUGUGUACGAAGUAUUGCAUGUACUGUAAGUUUGACCUACAUGAACAGGCCUGGCGUUGAUUUGACGUUGCAUCUGGCCUGGAGAGCACCGGGGGAUGCACGCACGUUCUUGUUGCCAUUUUCAGCUGUGAUGCCCAUCACAAUACGACGUCACCUUAUCACUUGCGCUGUAGGCUUCAUUGUCACUGCUGUACCGCGGUUGGCGUCUGCAGGUGUGCUGGUUCAGAAAGCAGCUUUUGUUGGGAGGGAUCCUGACACUGAUGCCUAGCCCCCAUAAGGACCAAAAAAAAAGAAAGGUGCAGGGAGCUAGUUUUCAUAGUCUCUGGGGGCACUACAGCUGGCAUUGCCUUUUCCAGAAAGGUCUACUGUGUGGAACAAGCCUCUGCAGCAUGUGCUAGUAGUGGUUACUUUGCAAAUUCGUAUGAAUAUCACGAGUAAUUUGUUUGUCCAGUGGUCAUGCUGUGCAUUGUGUGUCUGCUGCUUGUGUAUGGAUCGCUGGUUAAAUGGCCUGCGGCCCUUUCUUUCCUUACACAGCCUUAAGUGGCUACUUGCUGGUUAUAUCGCUCUUGAAAACACGCUGUUAGUGAGAUCAAUUGUGGCCAUUGUUCGUGGUGUCGUGUUUUGCUGGCGCACUGUACGUUAGGAUGCUUCACCGAGCCAGCAGAAUGGUACGGUUGCUGGUUUCACAGUGUCUCACCUGAUGAUGCGCGUCGCAGAUAAAUGUCUGAGUGCCAUUCGUGGUGCAGAUUGCCAGACAGAGUUGUGAUAACGUGGAGUUGUGUUGUGGAUUCCUUGGUUUACAGUGUGGCGGAUUGGCAGUUUGUGCACGCAGCCUGUUGUGCUUGAAUUGUGUUCUCUGAGCUUACCUCGUGUUGUAAUUAUGCUGAAAACCUGGUUCAUGAAAAAGUGUUCAGCUUGCGUGCUUGCCAGUCGCCAUUCACGGCAGGUCUUGUUCGACCGUCCUUUUGUUGUGUUAAGCAUCAGAAAGGGGCUUGAAAUGCCUGAAUUUUGCUCUGGAUUGACGCCACCAUUUGGACUGGUCUUGUCUUUGCUGUCGUGCUAUUUGACCCGUGACAUUUGGGGCUCACAAUCAACUGUAUUUAUUCACUCACUGUUUUCUAGCAAUGCAGUCAUGAUUCUUUCAGAGUGUUGUGGUGUCGCCUCCGAAUUUCCAGCUGCCGAUUGUUGUCACUGGUUAGGUGAGCUCCACUCGACAGACAGGAUUCUUGUUUGACUUAUUUGCAAUAGACGUAACCCUUUCAGCUGCCACUUGCCGAGGAGUACUUCAGUUUUUAGUCCUAGCGAGUGUGCGGCAACCAUUGCCGGCUUGAGUGUGCUCGACAUCCUGAUGGGCCCCUAGCGUGAGCAGCGUAUGUAAGGGGCACGGGCGUUUGAAGCCCGAUUUAAUUAAUUUACUUGUCAUCUAAUUGUUGCAACCCAAGUGAAAAUAUAACCAAUCUUUAAAUGCAUGUGGUAGUGUUGGAAAGAUGUGAUGAGAAAGAAGAGACACACAAACUCUUGUGUCUGACCCUCUCUUUCCACAUUUUUUUUUAGCACUCUUACCCGUCUUUAAAAUUGAAUCUCAACCAAUUAGCCCAAUUUGCUGCAUUGAAAAUAACUGGCCACUUUAGCUGGAUUAUUGGCCAUUUAUCAGCCAACAGCUGUUGGUCCGUGCUUCUUUCCAAUCGUUUGGAUGGUUACAAAGUUCAGAUAGACUAUGGUUUGGCUUGUUUCAAAGUUCAGAUAGGACUUUUGAGUGGCAGUUAAGCAUUCUCUUCCACUGAACAGGCUUGAUAUACCUUGAAAAGUGUUGUGCAGUAACUGUGUAAGCUUAGAAACUUUCUCAACUUGCUGUGGUCUGUCUGGCUGUAGUUGCAGACUUUGCAAUUAGGUUGAAGUUAUGCUGAUGACCCAUUACCGUGCCACAGGAAGUACAGAAGCUUUACCAAGGCAUGUACGCCUGCGGCUCGCUGGUGAAAAUUUGUCAUUCUGCACCGUAUGCGGUGAUUUAAUUAACAGGAAAAUGUAAUCGACAGCACUGUAUGCAGCAGAGGUCUGAACUAUGGUGUCAGGUCACUGUCAAGAUCUGAACUCGCUCCCACUUUCAUGGGAACCGCUUGUAGUUUUGUCAUAGCUGAAUGUUCGGAUCUGUCGUUUUUAAUUGUUUUAAAGUUUACAAGGGGCACUUUCACACGUUCGUUCGUGUGUAGCUAAAACGAGAAUUCCCUUAAGUAUGAGAGGAAAUUUCCCUCAAGCAAUUUCUUCGCCUUGGUACACUACAUAGGACACGUCUAAACAUUAACCCCCUUUCGUCAUUUUUUUUUUUUUUUGCAGCGUGGUACAGGUUUAUGAAGAAAUCGCGAACCUAGCGUAAUACUCAGCAACACAGCCCUACAUAAUAGCAGUUUAAGAGGAAACUGAAAUUCACUCCAACAGGAGGAAAGGUGGUGCACGCAUGGAUGUUGAUAUGUUACACUUAGCUUUUAUUUCUACAUAUCAUAUUUUUUAAGUUCUGGAAGGUGCCCAAGUUUUUUCACACCUCGUUUAAUUGAAGCACUGCACAAUUUGGACGUAUCUUGAAUUUCCUGCCGAAGUCUACUCAGUCGAAAAACAACUGUAUUGAAGUUGGCAGUAGUCAUGUUUGUGGUCACUAAAAAGUAGUGUCACAUAGGGCGUUAGGUUUUGAUAAACUGAAAACUCUGUUCGAGUGGACGGUUUACUAUUUUAAUGUCCGGGACAUUCUGAAGAGUUCUGCAAUAUGCUCCUCAGCUAAACCAGAUUUCUGUCAUUCUAAGAGCUAAGCAAAGUUGGAGUUGAUGAUGUAUGUAUCCUCCAAGCGUUCCAGCUACCUGCAGCCUGUUAGUAGUGCUACUCGCAUGCUGAAAAUCUUGCCCCAGUGUUUCAGUGACAGUGCAAUAUUUGUGCAGUCAUGCCGUUGCAGAAGCAGGAAGAAAGCUGGUGAAGUCAGAGUAGUGAGCAAAGAGUGUUGAAAUUCUCCACUACUUGAGUAUGCGCAGAGAGCACGCAGAAAAGAUCACAGGUUAGCCCAAACACCUCUUGUAUGUGCUCAAAAAAAGAAAAAAAAAAGGUCACCGAUCCCUCCUGGUAUGUUUCAAGUUGUUGCUGUAUGACUAACACAAUGAUAUCGCAGUUUAGUUAGCACGCACUGCAGAGCUCGUUGACACCACAGUUGCAUGUGGCCAACAGCCAGACGGGCUGUAUUUCGUAAGUGUCCGCCUAGUGGACGUGUCCAUUUUGUCUGCCGCUGAAGUGCUUAUUGGCUGGAGUGCCUGUCUCUGUCUGAUGCAUACCUCAGCCCAGCCAAUCAGAACUUCAGCCGCAGAUGAAGCCGACGUGUCCACUAGGCGGACACUUACAGAAUACCCCACCAGACGUGUGCCGCUUGGGUUGCGACGGACAUCACUUGUUGUCAUGUUUUUGGGAUGCGACUGCCUUGGUUAAGUGCUCACGCAUGGGUUGCCGACAGCCAGGUUUCUCCCAUUGCCACAGCGUCCGUGGCAGCCACUGAAAUGACAAAACCUUGACUGCGAGUGAAAAAAAAAAAUAUAUAUAUAUGUAUUUUCUCGUUUGUGUGGCCGUGUUGCAACAUUGCACUGGCCGGCAUGGCCAGGAGGUGAGGUGAAUGUGCCAGAGUAGCGGGCAUGGAGACGCUGGUGUUCUUUUCUUCUGUCUCACCCUCGAUGAGUUUGUUAUAUCGAAUGACUGCGAUUGGUGAAGUUGUGCUGUUGUGAAAAACCAUUGUGAUAACCCUCAGUCGAUUGUUGGCGACUGUUUGUUUCUUUUUCCUUUGUUGUUUCUUUUGCUUUGUGACAUAGCAGGUGAUGCAGAGUCUGUUGCUGUUGUUUGAAGAGACUUCUAUAUAUAUAUAAUAUAAAUCUAUAUGUAUACAUA